AUGGCCAAAGAGGCGGCGGGGAUCGACGACACCCGCGUGUACCGCGUCGUUGCGACAGAUGCCGCGACCAACAAGCAAGUCGAGCUGGCCUUCGUGCACACCGCGGCGGCGGGUCAUGGAUCCUUCAGUGUCGUCUUCCGCGGCGAGCUGGUGAGAGGCGGACACGGCGUCGUGGCGUUCAAGCGGACUCGGCAGGACAAGCGGUUCAAAAACCGCGAGCUGCAGAUUAUGUCCGCAGUAAGCCAUCCCAACAUCGUCAAGAUGCUCUUCUACUGGUACGAGUCGGCCCAAGACGAAGGCGACUCGAUCGUUGUGCUCAACCUCGUCCUCGAAUUCCUGCCCGAGACGCUCUAUCGCGCGUACCGCACGUACACCAAGAGGCGGCAGUACUUCCCCGAAGUUUCGACCAAGCUCUACAUGUACCAGCUCCUCCGGGCGCUCGCCUACCUUCACGCCGUGGGCGUCUGCCACCGCGACAUCAAGCCUCACAACGUCCUCGUCGACGCCGACAGCGGCCGCCUCGUCUUGAUCGAUUUUGGCUCGGCGAAGGUCUUGCGCGAGGGCGCCGAGAACGUCAGCUACGCUUGCUCGCGAUACUACCGCGCGCCGGAGCUCAUCUUCGGCUCGACGAGGUACAACGACAGCAUCGACGUCUGGUCGGCCGGCUGCGUCCUCGGCGAGCUGCUAUGCGGCAGCGUCUUCUUCCCUGGCGAGAGCAGCAUCGACCAGCUCGUCGAGAUCGUCAAGGUGCUCGGAACGCCCACUCGCGAGCACGUGAAGGCGAUGAACGCUCAUUACACCGAGCACAACUUCCCGCAAGUUCAGGCCGUCCCGCUCGAGCAGAUCCUUCCUCGCGCCUCUGCCGCCGCCAUCGACCUCCUCGGCUCGCUACUCCUCUACGACCCCUCCCGCCGGCUCACCGCAGUCGAAGCGAUGGCGCACAACUUUUUCGACGACCUCCGCCGCGGCAACACGCGCGAGUCGAACGGCUCGUGGGGCGUGCAGAUGCCGAAUGGAAAAUGUGUCACGGUCGGAUUGUUUGACUUUUCGAGGUUUGAACUGUCCAUCCGCCCCGACCUGAAUACGAUCCUCGUCCCGCCACACGCGAGACAAGCGCUCCUCGUCGAACAAGACGUCGACCUCGAGACCUUCAUCCCGCUCGACCUCGACGAGCACCGCCUCAACCUCGACUAA